AGGCCCUGUGGGACAACGUUAUUUAUAAUCCCAAUACACAAACACUGGAAUGGGAAGCUGCCUGCCCUGUCCAUGUUACUGUCAGCCUCUGUCAGCUCAUGAAGACCAAUGAUCAGUGCGUUGAUCUAGAGAACACGGCAAAUAUCGCUGCAGAGAAAGUAAAAUAUUCUCGAGUUGAUGCACAGCCAAACCUUUGCAUGAAGUUUGCAACUAAACACGGUUCUUGGGUUCGAUGCCCAUUUGCUCGUGGAAAUCCCCAAGCUUGGGAAAUGAAUCUUGCUGUGAUGGACAAUAGGAUAGAAGUUUCCUUCAUGUCACAAGCUGCCGAGGCAAAAUUUUCCGUUCAUGUAUGCAACAAGACAGAGGCGUCUCUAUGCAACUCUACUGGAAUCCACCAGCCCAUCUCAGUGGCUGGCUUGAGUUCAACGUAUGUCAACAUCUCAGGCAAAACAUGUGGAUCAGACAUCUGCAUUCAGGGACGGAGGACAGAUGUAGACUAUUCUAUUCCUUCACACAUCUGUGAUUUGCCCUGUAUUUCUGCUACUCGAAGUCAGGAAGGUGAUGAAAAUUCCUUAAGCAUCCUAUCUCUAAUAGCAUUGCUUGUGUUGACUGUGACCAUGAUGGGGCUCCUGGGACAUAAACUUUUAUCAGUUUUUCACAAGGAGACUCACAAAGAGAAAAGCACAGCACAAACCAAAAUGCAGAGUAUGAAGAGCACCUGUUCUUUGCAUUUAUGAAGAAAAGCAAUCAAAUUAGAGGAACAAUUUCAGCGGCCUUCUCAAUAACUGUGUUACGUCUCUUGGGGCGAGUUGCUCUUACUUUGGUGAAUAGUUGCCACAUGCCAGUAAUUCUCAUUGAUUUAAAGGACUAUUCACGAGGUCAAGUUUUUUGAGGGCAAGCCCCUACUACAAAGCGGCCUGGAGGGAGAGAGAAGAGUGAAAAACAGUCUACAGUCAGUUUCAAUCUCCUUCGGAAUUGACGAAUGUGCUCAUUAGAUGUUGCAGUACGUGCUGUGGGAGCUGCUUUGCCAUAGAUUCAUCCCACAGUGUUCUUGCAAACAUUUAAAGGUCCACAGCCACCAGGGUAGGGACCUGGGCAGCUUGGAUCUUUCCUACAGAAUCAUCACCCUCCCUGUUGGUAGGUUGGUAGUUCCACAAACUUCUGGUGGGCUUUUAAACAUUUGUGGCAGCUUUGUGGGAUAAGCCAAUGGAAAACGGUGAUUCUGUCAUGUGUGAGGGACACAAAAAGAAACUCCCCUGUGCACAGAUGGUGUACUAAGGCCCCAUCUGCACUUUAAAACAGUACCAUACCACUUUAAACCCGGUGAACUGUAGUUUGUAAAGGAUGCUGAGAGUUGUUAGGAGACCCGGUGUUCUCCUCACAGAGCUUCAGUUCUCAGAGCUGAAGUCAAGCCCACUUCCCAGGGAAUUGUACUCUGGGAAGGGAAGAGGUGUUUUCCAACAACGCCCAGCCCUCUUAACAAACUACAGUUCCCAUGAUACUGUUCUUGGCUGUUUAAAAUGAUGUGAGUGACCUUGGAGGCCAAUUCUGGAUCUACACAGUGGAGACAUAGGUUUCUGGGUGGGAGUUGAUCACAGUGAGGGUUUGCCAAGCGUGCCUUCCUCUUAGCACGUUUCUCCCUUUCGUCCUGAGUUCGAGCGUCUUCAAAGUCCAUGACACCUUUGGUGCCUAAGUUUUGUUAUUUGAGGGUCAUCUCAUGUAUAAUAUGUCACUUUGUCAAAUCCAAGUGCAUCCCAAAAGUUAUUGAAUGGAAAAGAUUUUGUUUGGAUAUUUGUUAUCUAUUUUAUUGUUUGUGUCCCCCUCCUCCUUAUGAGCUGUUACUUUUUAUUACUGAGGAAUAAAAAGUCCCUGACUUGCCAUGGACAGAAACCUAACCCUUAGACAAUUCUCAGGUUUUAUCGCAUAGUUUGAUUUUUCUACCUGGAGACAGCACGCAUUGUUUCUGUGGCUGAAGCACUCAGCAAAGUUAUUACGAAGCAAGCUCAACUGCAUUUUGUGAGACUUGCUUUUGUUGAAAUGCAUUCAGCAUCCGGUUUUAAUUCUUUUCCACAGAGUUUGUGAGAGCCUGUUACAGAUUAGUAGACUCUUUCUGCGAUAGCCUUGGGUUUAUUUUCUAUCAUCUUAGCUAGUGUCGUUAAGUUGUUUUUUUGCCAGCACUUUUAAAUGCUCAGAGACACUGUGUGCCACAGAGUGAGCUGGUCAGUAAAUCACACAGUUUGAAAGCACGACCUUCACAGAGUUGGCCUAAUAAGCACAGCAGCUUGUUCCCUGUAGGUCUUAUCCCAGGAAAUCAGUUGCUGAGACUAAAGGUCCCUGUCUCCCCAAACCCUGCCUCCUCCUCUCUGUGGCUUCUUCCAACCAAUCAGACAAGCAAUCAGAGACUGAGCCUGCAUGCAGCCAGUCUCUCUUCCACCCUUUUCAUGUCUCUUCUGGUUCUGGGAGACAAGCGGUGAGGGGAGCUUAUCUCAGCAGGAGUGGGAGAUACCUGUGACUCUUCAACUGUCUAACUCAUCUCUGCCUCCUGACCUCUCUCCUCCCACUCACCUGCUUUAGCAGCAGCUUCUUCUUCUUCUUCUUCUUCUUCUUCUUC